ACGUUCACAUUAGGGAUUAGUUCAAUAGAACUUAAUCCGAGCGGUUCGAUACAACUCUAGUUGACACAAUGCCACUUGGAAAUUCAGGGCGAAUUGCUAUUUGUUGGGCGUUUUUAACCGUUGGUGGAGUUUACGCAUUUGUUCUGUCAAAAAAGUCUGUUGAAAGCCGACGGUUCGAGACAUUACGUGUUCGAGAGCGCAUGAAAAAAGCUAAUCACGGCGACUACGAUCACACUAUUUCGGACAGGCGCUUCGACAAGUGAAAAAUCAACAUACAAAAUCAUAUAAUCAACAACUUCAAUUCAAUUUAAAAAAAAUUACAAACACAAAUAAUACAGUAAAAUGGCAAUGCCCCAAAUAAGCUCGGCCGACCAGGCGAAAUUGCAGCUGAUGCAA